CACUCAAUCCAACGGAAUCGCACACUAUGUCGGGCAGUGAGGAUGGCCAACUAAAAAGUCCAAAUGAAGACAGAAUAAUAAGUGCCGAUGAUGAUGAACAUGACACUGAUUCAUUAGACAUAAAGCCGCCUCAAGCAUCUGCUCACGCACGUGAUCCUAGUGGAACGAAAAAGAAAGAUAAAUCAAGCAAAGAUAAAAAACAUUCCAAAGACCGCAAGCAUAAAGAUAAAGAACGAGAUAGAGAUCGAGGUGAUUAUAGAGAACAUCGAAGGGAAGAACGUAAUGAUAUUGAGCGUUACUAUCAACGUAACGCAGCCUAUGAAAGGGAAGAAACUAGAGAAAUGAUGUCAAAUUCCGAACGACGUUAUCAGAAACAUUAUGAUAGAAAUAGUGAUGGUAAUGGUCGAAGCAACUUGAUGGGUAGCAGUGGUAGCCAUAGUUACCAUAACCCUUAUCAGCAUGCACAGUACCAUCAUCAAUCUCAAAUGCAUCUUCAAAGACAGCGACAGGACUACUAUGAACGUAAUCAAGUCUAUCAUCAUAUAGGCAGCAGUACUGCCGAAUAUCACAAUAAUCGCUAUCAUAAACAUAGUACACACGUUGACUAUAUGCAAAGUGAUAUUGGCAUGGAAAUGCAAAGGGAUCGUAGAAAGUAUGAGUAUGAUCAACAAAAUGAUGCUGAAAGUUUAGAACAAGAUUUGCGUUCGCGUUUACUUAGUAAACGUCAUAAAUAUGUGAGAGGCAGUGAAAUCGAUGAUACCUAUGAACGAACAGAACAUGAUAAAAAUGAACGCAGUUAUGAAGAUCGUGAAAGAAAUGCAUUUAAAAUGGAGAAAAAAUCGCGCAGAAUCAAGGAAAAGUCAUCAAGUGUAAUUGAAGUAAUCGACAGUCCCGAAAUACAUGAAGAAGAUUAUCAGAAGCAUAAACAUAAAAAGCGCAACAAAAAACAUUCGCAUAGUUCUGCGGAAAAACAUAAAACGCCCGAAGACCCAGAAUUAUUAGCAAGAAGAGCUAAACUCUUGGCAGCUGAACGGGAAAUUGAGAAACGUAAAGAAGCUGCGCGAGAAGAAUUAGAAGCACGCAGAGAGAUGAGAAAGGAACGUAAAGAUGCGCUUAGCCCCACAACGGUAGCAGCUAAUGUGACUGCUGGAUUGAAAGUAGUCAAACGAAAAACUGCCGACAUUGAGAUUGUCGAACGAAAACGGUCAAAAAAAUCUAAAGAAUUUAAAAAUGAGGAUGAAGAUGAUAGCAGUGAGAGCGAUGAUGACGAUGAUGAAACUGAAGAUGACGAUGAGAGUGAUAGUAACAGUGAUAACGAAAGUGAUUCAGAAGAGGAAAGUGAAAAAAGCUACAAAGAUGUGAAAUCAAAGAAGGAAUACAAAACUGAUGAUAAAUAUAGUACGGAAAACGAUGUAGAUUUACCAGAUAGUCCUAUGUCAAUAGGUGAUUUGUCAAAAUCACCGAAACGCACCAAACGGAGAAAAAAGGAUCAUACAAAACAUACAGAAGACGUUAUAGAAAGGCAUAAAUCAGAUACUUCAACACAUUCAGAACGUUCCUGUUCUGCUUCGCGUUCACCAUCCAAAUCACCUCAAUCCGCACAUUCUUCUAAUCAUCGAUCGCGAUCAUCAUCUCGUCACUCUUCACAUUCUCCAUCACCGUCUUCAAGAUCGAGAUCUCGAUCUGUAGGUUCUCGUUCGCGCUCACGUAGCCAGUCGCCAUACAAAUCACGAUCACGUUCUCGCAGUGAGGAGCGUGAUAUGAAACUAAUGCAGGAAAAACCAGAGUUAAGAGAAAAGGAAGAAAAUGCAGUAAAAAAGAAACAAUCUACUAUUGAAAAUGAAAAUGAUUCGCCGAUUUGUGACGAUAAAGGUGUACGACUGCCAAAUUAUUUUCCUGGUGUACAAGGCUGCCGUUCCGUUGAAGAAUUUCAAUGCUUGAAUCGCAUUGAGGAAGGAACAUAUGGUGUUGUCUACCGAGCCAAAGAUAAACGUACAAACGAAAUCGUUGCUUUAAAACGACUCAAGAUGGAAAAAGAAAAAGAAGGUUUUCCCAUCACUUCCCUGCGUGAAAUUAAUACUUUGCUCAAAGGACAACAUCCGAAUAUUGUAACAGUGCGCGAAAUAGUUGUUGGCUCAAAUAUGGAUAAAAUUUUUAUCGUAAUGGAUUAUGUUGAGCACGAUUUGAAAUCUUUAAUGGAAACAAUGAAAAGUAGAAAACAAGUAUUUUUCCCAGGUGAAGUUAAAUGUCUUACUCAACAGCUUAUUCAUGCUGUAGGUCAUCUACAUGAUAAUUGGAUACUUCAUCGUGAUUUAAAAACAUCUAAUUUAUUACUUUCUCAUAAAGGUAUUUUAAAAGUCGGAGAUUUUGGUUUGGCACGUGAAUAUGGUUCACCGCUUAAAAAGUAUACGUCACUUGUAGUAACAUUGUGGUAUCGAGCGCCUGAAUUAUUAUUAUGCUCCCCAGAAUAUUCUACUCCUAUUGAUAUUUGGUCAGUUGGAUGUAUUUUUGCUGAAUUUCUUCAAAUGGCACCACUCUUUCCGGGAAAAACCGAGUCUGAAGAACUUAACAAAAUCUUUAAGUUACUUGGUACCCCAAACGAAAAAAUUUGGCCUGGUUAUAAAGAUCUACCUCUUGUUAAAAACUUACUCAGUCAAAAUUCGCAAUUUGCGGAUUAUCCAGUGUCCAAUCUGCGCAAACAUUUCAUUGACAAAACUAGCGAAGCUGGCAUUUCUUUUCUACAAGGUCUCUUAACAUAUGAUCCUAAGCAAAGACUGAACGCUGAGGCAGCUUUAAAACAUCCAUACUUUAAGGAACUACCUUUGCCCAUCGACCCCUCAAUGUUUCCAACAUGGCCAGCCAAAAGUGAGCUUGAAUCACGUAAAGCUAUUGCUUCAUCCCCAAAACCACCACCAGGUGGUUCACAAUUUAAGCAAUUGGGGCGCGACGAUAUUAUUACAACUGGUAGUAGCAAAGUGGUGUCGGGAAUUAUAACUGGUAAUAAAAAAACGGCAUCGAACACUGGAUUCGUAUUAAAUGCAGGUAUAGAUCAACGGCAGUUAGCCAUGGGCCCUGGUUUUAGCUUGAAAUUUUAAUCAUUUACACUACUAGAGCUUACGUAAACUUCUAAAAAAUGUAUAUCUAAAAGGAUCAUAACAUAUAGGUACACAAAAAUUUCCAUUUUUGAUUAAGUUUCCUAUUUCUGUUAUUGUUUUAUAAUUUAAGAAUUAUAAUUCGCU